AUGUCUCAACGUCACCUGGCUGAGAGCGGACCAGACGAGGACAAUAGCAUGCCACUCUUAAGGACCUACCUUUCGCAGAUCAGGAGUCGUGUACUCUCAACAGAUGCCAGCUCCGCGAGUGCCGUCCAUGGAAAGUCCAAUUCUGUUCUGGUCAUGGGAAAUCCGUCAGCAGACCUAGACAGUUUCAUCUCAGCUGUUACCACAUCCUACUUCUACAACCUCCAGAGCAAUUCGAAACAUGCCAAAGGGAGGACAUAUAUCCCUAUCCUGAAUCUGCCAUCAGUCAAAGCAACCGAGUUGUGGAGACUACGGCCCGAAUUCGGCGUCGCCAUCCGCCUAGCACUGGGCGAAUCAGCCGACGCCAUCAACCAAGGGAAAGCGGGUGAGCAAGGGAAGCCAUCCGUGCUGGAAGAUCUGAUCACCAUCGCCGAUAUCAAAUCGGAUCCAAACUCCCUUUUCCACCGCCUGUUCAGGGAACCAACGGAUGCCGAAUCUGCCAAGGGCGUCGAGAAACAAGACCUCUUCCUAGUUGAUCACAACGCCCCCUCGAUACCGGGACUCGCCGACAAGCUCAUCUCCUCCCGCUUCACGGUGACAGGCUGCAUCGACCACCACGUCGACGAGGACCAUGUCCCCAGAGACGCGACCCCACGGAUCGUCACCACCGGCAUAGGAAGCUGCACAAGCCUAGUGAUCAAGUAUCUCCGCGACAAAGCGCUGUGGCCGUCUGAGCCACCAUCCUCACAAUCCCAAGCACUGCAGAAUAUCUGCAAACUCGCGCUCGCACCCAUACUGAUCGACACGGCGAACCUCAAAGCCACCGGCGACAAAUGCUCAGACACAGACCGCGAGGCCGUCAAGUUCCUCGAAUCGGUCAUCACCCGCGCCCCUGCCCAGGGCGUGCAAGCAGCAGCAUCCACACCUACGCCCACGCAGGAAUGGCACCGCGACGCUUUCCACUCCGCGGUUGCGACGGCGAAAUCCAACUCCCUGGACCUGCUCUCCAUGCAGGAGAUAUUCGACCGCGACUAUAAAGUCUGGAGCGAACGUACUUCCUCUGGCCGGGACAUGAAUAUCGGCAUCUCGAGCCUGGUUCGGCCGUUGUCCUGGCUCGCCAAGCACGCGGGGGGUGUGGACGAGUUCCUCGCCGAGAUCGAGACCUUCGCCAGAAAUCCCGAGAGGAGGUUGGGCGUGUUCUGCAUGUUGACCCGGACGGGCGACGGGCGUAAAGAAGUGGUGGUCCUGGCGUUCGACGAGGCCGUCAAAGGCCUGGUAGAGAGGUUCGAGCGCCAAAGCCAGAGUGGUGAGCUGCAGCUCCAACGUUGGGAUGGGGAUGACACCCUCGAGCGGGCGCUGGGGCAGAAGUUCGGACACAGAGGAGAGUACAAGAUCUGGUUCAUGGGCGACACGAGCAAGAGUCGGAAACAGGUCGGGCCGCUUUUGAGAGAGGUGGUGCGUGGUAUGUGA